AUGCAUCCAAGAAGUGAUAAUUUUAUAUAUAACAUCAAUCUUGCUCCCACCAUGUUCGGUUGGAACAUGCUGAGUAGAAGUGAGGCUUAUACUUCCAUACAGAAUUACCUUUCUUCCAAGGCCACAACACAAGCUAAGAGACUCAAAGGUGACAUAGGCAAGAACAACCAAACCCUUCUUCUUACCAUGGAUGACCAUGAAGAAGUGUGUGAUGAGUUCAAUGGUGUUAAGCUUUGGUGGGUUUCUGGCAAAAACGUUGCCAAAUCCCAAACACUUUCUCUACACAACAAUUUAGCGGACGAGAAAAGGUACUACAAGCUUACCUUCCAUAAACAACAUAGAAACAUGGUUUUAGGAACAUAUCUUAAUCAUGUUAUGAGAGAAGGUAAAGCGGUUAUGGUUAGAAAUAGGCAGAGGAAGCUUUAUACUAAUAGCGGUUCGUUUUGGAACCAUGUUGUGUUUGAGCAUCCGGCAACGUUUGAAAGCGUGGCGAUGGACGAGGAACUGAAGAAAAGGAUCAUUGAUGAUUUGGUAACGUUUAGUAAGUCAAGGGAGUUUUAUGCAAGAAUUGGAAGGGCCUGGAAGAGAGGGUAUUUACUUUUUGGUCCUCCGGGGACGGGGAAGUCGACGAUGAUCGCGGCGAUGGCGAAUCUGUUGGGAUAUGAUUUGUAUGAUUUGGAACUGACUGCUGUGAAGGACAACACAGAGUUGCGGAAGCUGUUGAUUGAGACAUCAAGCAAGUCCAUUAUUGUGAUUGAGGACAUAGAUUGUUCACUUGAUCUAACUGGUCAGAGGAGGAAGAAAAUGGAAAGAGCGAAGGAAGAUGAAGAAGAAGAAGAAGAAGAAGAUCAACGGAAGAAGAAGCAGAGUGGGUUGAAAGAAAGAGAUGUUAAGAGCAGCCAGGUUAGCUACAUUGCAGAAAUACUUCAAUUUUAG